AGUCGUGAAAGCAAAAGAGAUCGCAAAGUGGUCCACGCAGUAACAAUCGCAAUCGCCAUGACAACGCGCGUUCAUCAAAACAGUUGAACCAAUCAAAUCAACCACCACAAAACAAACAAUCCAUCUUGUUUCGUACUACUUAGUUAGAUCAAGUACUGCGUGUGCGCCCUAUUCUGUUGUUUUAAGUUUUUCGAUUGUGGAGAUUGUUGAAGUUCGCAACACGCUUCAAGCUUCAACGGCUUGAAGCGGCUGUACGGCUGAAAACCCAUCGUGCGGGUGUUCGCUACGUGCGGAUUUCGCGUGCGCGGUGCGCUGCUCUACGCCACCUAAUUGGCGCAGGCGCCGUGACGUACCCGCCUGCGCCCGCCACAGAGCAAGCAACCCAGCACCAGACACACACACGCCGCACCACACAAAACAAGUGCAAGCGCGGGCCGCGAGCGCGCGAGUUAUGGCAAAUUGUUCGCGCUGAGACGAUCGUCAACGCCGCUAGACAGGUGAAAAUCGCCGCGUGGUCACCGGCUACAUCAGCUAGACGCGUUUUCGUUGAGUGUCAAAUGCGGACGUCCGAAAUAUAGAUUGAGAUUAAAAUGUCGUUAUCAGCGGCAGAAGCCGAGGGGCGCACGAUGCAGGCGCCUGGCAUCCAGCAGAUCCUGCAGACAGACUUGACAACACUGUUCCAUCGACAAGGAGUCCACGCGCCGCCGCCGCCACACUCCACUACGAUUCAAAACAACAUCCCGCCGCCGUCGUCCGAGUCAUGGCAGGCAAGCCCUCCGAGACAAAGUGGCAGCCCCACUACCCAGACGACGUUUUCGGACCCGCUGUCUUCAGGCACGGCGACUCCGAGCGGCACCACCAGCACGGCUGUGGCGCUCCCAGGAGCUGCCGCCGGGGCCCUUGCCACUACGGAACCUCCAAUUUUCCAAUGCCCGCGCCGGCCAAAUUUGGGGCGCGAGGGGCGGCCCAUUGUGCUCAAAGCCAACCACUUUCAGAUCACCAUGCCUCGAGGAUACGUACAUCAUUACGAUGUAAACAUUCAACCUGACAAAUGUCCUCGCAAGGUGAAUCGUGAAAUCAUCGAAACUAUGGUCCAUGCAUACACGAAAAUCUUCGGAUCUUUAAAACCCGUCUUUGACGGUCGCAGCAACUUGUACACGCGAGAUCCGCUUCCUAUUGGUAAUGCGCGUGAAGAACUCGAAGUAACGCUUCCUGGUGAAGGCAAGGAUCGCCUGUUUCGAGUCUCUAUCAAAUGGGUAGCCCAAGUAUCACUUUUUGGGCUAGAGGAAGCUCUCGAAGGACGUACGCGUCAAAUCCCUUACGAAGCAAUUCUCGCCUUGGACGUUGUCAUGCGUCAUCUUCCUUCGAUGAGCUAUACGCCCGUUGGCAGGAGUUUCUUUAGCAGCCCCGAGGGCUACUACCAUCCGUUGGGCGGCGGCCGGGAAGUAUGGUUUGGCUUCCAUCAGUCGGUGCGCCCUAGUCAGUGGAAGAUGAUGCUGAAUAUUGACGUUUCUGCGACUGCUUUCUACAAAGCACAGCCCGUUAUUGAGUUCAUGUGCGAGGUGCUCGACAUUAGAGAUAUCAAUGAGCAGCGCAAGCCGUUAACAGAUUCGCAACGUGUUAAAUUCACAAAGGAGAUCAAAGGUCUGAAGAUCGAGAUCACUCAUUGUGGAAGCAUGCGGCGGAAAUACAGGGUGUGCAAUGUAACGCGUCGUCCCGCGCAGAUGCAGUCGUUCCCGCUGCAACUGGACAACGGUCAGACUGUGGAAUGCACAGUGGCAAAGUACUUUUUAGAUAAGUACAAGAUGAAGUUGCGCUAUCCGCAUUUGCCUUGCUUGCAAGUCGGUCAGGAGCACAAACACACUUAUCUCCCGCUUGAGGUAUGCAACAUUGUCGCUGGACAGCGGUGCAUUAAGAAAUUGACUGAUAUGCAGACUUCUACUAUGAUUAAGGCCACUGCAAGGUCGGCUCCGGAUCGCGAGCGUGAAAUUAACAAUCUCGUCCGUCGCGCUGACUUCAACAACGACGCGUACGUACAAGAGUUUGGUCUCACGAUCUCGAACAACAUGAUGGAAGUACGAGGCCGUGUGCUACCGCCGCCAAAACUACAGUAUGGUGGUCGCGUUGCUUCCCUCAGCGGACAGGUGGGCUGGCACAGUAAGCAGCAAGCGUUGCCCAACCAAGGCGUAUGGGACAUGCGUGGAAAGCAGUUCUUCACUGGUGUGGAGAUUCGGGUGUGGGCCAUCGCGUGCUUUGCGCCGCAACGAACUGUGCGUGAAGAUUCGUUGAGAAAUUUCACACAGCAACUGCAGAAGAUAAGCAACGAUGCAGGCAUGCCGAUCAUAGGUCAGCCGUGUUUCUGUAAAUAUGCAACUGGACCAGAUCAAGUUGAACCGAUGUUCCGGUACUUGAAGAACACAUUCCAAGCGCUACAGCUUGUCGUUGUGGUUUUGCCCGGGAAGACACCGGUUUACGCGGAAGUAAAGCGCGUAGGUGACACGGUCCUUGGUAUGGCGACGCAGUGCGUACAGGCGAAGAAUGUUAAUAAAACUUCACCCCAAACCCUCUCAAAUCUCUGUCUCAAAAUAAACGUUAAGUUGGGUGGUAUCAAUUCUAUUUUGGUACCAUCAAUUCGACCCAAGAUAUUUAACGAGCCAGUUAUAUUCCUCGGUGCGGACGUAACACAUCCGCCCGCUGGUGAUAACAAAAAGCCAUCUAUUGCCGCCGUGGUUGGCUCCAUGGAUGCUCAUCCGUCUCGAUAUGCAGCUACUGUUAGAGUACAACAGCACCGACAGGAAAUUAUCCAAGAGUUGACUUCAAUGGUUCGGGAGUUAUUGAUAAUGUUUUACAAAGCUACGGGCGGCUACAAGCCUCAUCGUAUUAUUCUGUAUCGUGACGGUGUGUCAGAAGGACAAUUCUUGCAACUGUUGCAACACGAAUUGGUAGCGAUACGUGAGGCGUGUAUUAAGCUCGAGGCGGAUUAUCAUCCGGGCAUUACGUUCAUUGUGGUGCAGAAGAGGCAUCACACUCGGCUGUUUUGUGCCGAUAAGAAGGAGCAGAGUGGAAAGAGCGGGAACAUACCUGCUGGCACGACAGUCGACGUGGGCAUUACACAUCCUACAGAGUUUGAUUUCUAUUUAUGCAGUCAUCAAGGCAUUCAGGGCACGUCAAGACCAUCACAUUAUCACGUGCUGUGGGAUGAUUCACAUUUAGAUUCGGAUGAGUUGCAGUGUUUGACUUAUCAAUUAUGUCACACUUAUGUUCGCUGCACACGUUCUGUGUCUAUACCAGCGCCUGCAUAUUAUGCCCAUUUGGUAGCUUUCCGUGCGAGAUAUCAUCUUGUUGAGAAGGAACAUGACAGUGGCGAAGGAUCUCAUCAGUCAGGAUCGUCAGAAGACCGUACGCCUGGCGCAAUGGCACGUGCAAUCACCGUGCAUGCAGAUACCAAAAAAGUAAUGUAUUUCGCCUAAAGGGAGGCGAGCGAUUCAAUUCUGGAAUGGACUGUUUUUCGAAAAGAAUAUUCGAAGCGAGCUAAUUCGUGUCCAUUACUCAUAUGAUUUUAUACAUUCGAUAACUGAUUAACUCAAAUACUUACAUGAUACGCGCAACACAAGGCAAAGAGCAUGAAAGAGAAGCAAAAUUUUUAUGAGUAUAAUUUGCCAAAUACAAAUUGCAAUUUUAAACUAAGUAAGCCAACACAUGAUGAGCAUCCGUGGAACGAUAACGAGAUACCGCCAAAUGAAUUUUAAUAUUUAAUAGCAGGCAAUAUGAAUAAUAUAAAUAAGAUGCAAUUAAAUAUUUAUUAUUGCGGAAUGGCGAGAAUAUGCAAACACUACACCACUUGACCAUCAAUUUUAAGUUUUAAUUUACUUGUAUGUAUUAUAGUUUUGAUUUUUUGCACUAGCGCAUAAUUCUGUACAAAGAAUGUUUGAAUGUAGCUGACGAAUUAAAAACUUGCCGACAUAAACAUACACAGCACGAGAGACCAAGCCAGUAUACACAUUGUAAAGAAUCAAAACUAAGAUGGAGCUGCGUUAUUUACAUAAUGGACAUGUAUUCUUUUAAAAGAUCUCGAGGUGUUUUUGGCCAAACUUCAAACGGAGAAAAUUAUAGCUUUAAAUUUCUCAUUAAUAUGAUGAAUUUAUAUAUUGCGCUAACGGGAAUAUUAUUACACUAUUAUAAAUAAUAGAAUCAAGAAUGAAUGCUUUCGGCGAGUAGAAAACGACGUUAUCAUUAUGCAACAUUUCUUGGUGCUUUUCAAUGGUCUUUGAUGUUCAUUUAUUAUUUUCACGGUUCAUGGAUGAUAUCUUGUGAUGAACAUGAUUAAAAGCACGAAACAAAUGAACAAUUAUCGAAUUAUUACUAGUCUUCAGAUGAGACUACAUUCCAAACAAUGAUGAACAAUGCACAAAUCAAUUUCUAGUCGAAGAUUAUUAAAUUAAACGUUAAAAUAAAAUCCGAACAUAAUCAAAUUAUGUACUAACAAAACACAAAAUGCUACUAUCAUUUGUUGAUUGUAAACGGAGGACACAGAAGAUGGAUUUUAUUUUAACACUUAUAAUUGAUUGGCUGGAAAUAGUUGUUAUCUUGAGUUUCAAGCUUAUUUAAUUGCGAACGAAUGAAACUCCACUUACAUUUACGCCUGUUGACGACUAGUGUUAAUGACAACCAUUAUCUAAUAAUUAAUUCUACUUCUUUAUUUUUUAUUUCAAUUCUUAUUUUGUUAUUCAUUUUUAUGCCUUAGAUAUUUGUAGUUAAGAGAAAUUAUAAUGCAAGUAUGUACACACAUAAAAAGCCACUAUUAUUAAUUGUCGCGAGGCAAUACUGGGAGCUUUCUCUGUGUUUCUUAAGCAUCUAGUUGUUUACAUGUUUCGCCCGCGUAUUACUUGCAUCACUAUGCAGCGUUAAGCCUAAGGAAUGAGCCAGUCAACAUUAAUGGCGCUCCAAAAUUACAUUCCGAACAAACAAAUUUAUUUGCAAAGAUCGUUGGUAAUAAGAGAAAAAUUGUACAUAUAUUAUCUGUCAUUACCGAUCCACACACACACUCAAACGUACUUCUUGCAUAUUCUGCAAAGUAAAUGGGCAUGAAUUAUACAGCCAACCUUCACGGACAGAUUUAACACUGCGCGUGCACGCGUGCAUUAGAACAAAACCAUUGAAAUUACCCACCAAUUAAUGGUAAUUUGACAAACAUAUAUUUAUUAUAGUAAGAAGAAAACGAUGCCGGGAUUAUGAUACAUAUUUAAGUAAGUGUAUGUUAUUGAUAAGUAUAAAUAUACAAGUAAGCGACAAAGAAAGGGGAGUAACAAAUGAAGAAGUAACUGGUUUUAAUUAGUGACGUAGGUGAUUGAUGAAGUUUGUUAUUUGGAUAUAAUUUAUCGGCAAGCAGACACUAUUUUCACGUAUUCUCCCACGUUGCAUUUGCAAAGAAUGUUGUUUCAGACAGAAUUUUGAUAUAACUUGGCGUAUGAACUUACUGUGGGUGCAUAGGAAUACUAUUGCAAUGGUUUUUGGGCCAACAUGACAAAACGCGUGUAACUUCAUUAACAUGAACAGUUAAUGAUUAUUCUAACCACUCUUGACCAGUCGCAUGAGAUCUCUCACAAGCAAACAACUUUAUAAUAAGAUACAUUUUUUAUUUAUAAUGCAAAGUUAAAAAUUGAUUGCAAGGCAUUUGUUAAGUUAAUAUUAUUAACAUUGUCACCAAACGUCUGAAGUGCCAUUAUAUUUCGGUCAUGAUAUUCCGGAAGAAUAAAUUUGUUUAGUAUUUACAACAUGGUUAAAUAGAUUUAUGAACAUGUGAAAAGGAGAUAUGUUGUAAAUAGUAAGCAAAUUCAUAAACCCUUGGCUUUAUAAUUAAUUAAUCAAUCAUUAUUAAACUGUGAAUUGGUUGAAAACAUCAUUUGGAGAGAACAUUUCUAUGGUCCAAACGGCAACUUAUCUCAAACUGAAUGGUCGUUUUCACUGAAGUAUAAUUCUAUAGAUCUUAACAGAUAUGGAACGAAUGAAAGCAAAGCUACCCCUCACAAAAUACCCAAAUAACAAUUAUAGAAAAUCCUUCGUUGUUUAAGUAUUUAUUUAAUAAUAUGUUAUUACUAUAGUUUUUAUUAUUUAGCUAAUAUGCGCUACUUGUAUAUCUUUUAAGUGCAACCUGCUGUAGUCAUUUCAAUCAUAUCAUUAUCACCGUUUAGGUGAACAACGUUUCUCGAUUUUGUCGAUGUUCUGAAGCAUAACAAUUUGUCUUAGGGUACAAUUACAUUUCAUUAUGAAGAACAUUUUACAUUAAUUUGCUGCUUUAAUAUAAUUGUAUUGAUUUGUUUAAUUUUAGGAUUUAAACUUAGUUUAACUGUCACAAUAAAUUUUACAAUAAUUUUAAAGUUA